AUGACCACCCCUUCUCCUCUGAGUCCUCCAACAGCUGCUCCGUCACCUGUUGCUGUCGAUACCCCCACGUUGGAUUCCUCUAUGACUGUUACUUCCGAUCCUGCACUUGUGGCACCUUCGAAGACCAUCGUGGCCCCCAAAGUUCCUCCCUUAGAGACUUUGGCCAGUGCCCUCUUUGACCGUAUUCAAGACCUUUGCAGUAGCCAUUCAUUCAAUGCUGCCGCUCGUGACACAGCAGGCCAGCAGUUGCUGGGUUCAAUGGUACACCCUUCCUUUCUGUCACCUGCUAUCCUGGCUCAGCGGAGCUGCCAGCAUGUACUGCACGAGACUCCCGAAGGCCCUCUUUGCCUAGAACCCUUCCAAAAGUGGGACAUGGAGUUGUUGUCCGAGGGCCGCAAAGAGGCCCUGAUGCAAGAGCUUGCGAUGGCAGAUAUCGUCGAGGAGAUUGUCGACGGACCCCCUACUUCCCCAGAGUCUAUUCCUGCAGAUGACAAGAUGGUUGACGCUGACGAGCCCCAGAUGGAUGAGUUGGAGGGUGAGAAUGAGGUGGAUCCUCCAUCUCCGAAGCAGGUUAAACCUGGUACAUCCUUCGUUAUCCCCCGCCCUUUGCUAUGCCUGACUUGGGUGAUUAUCCAGCACCUUCGAUGGCCAAAACCCCUUCGUCUAAAACUCUUGUCGACACUCACCUUCACAAUUGCCUUCACUGCUUCUGCCAUGUCGAAGAGCUGUUACAUGACGGAGCUUGAACCCAUCUGCCGCAAGUGCGGCAUUCCCAAUCUGCAAGACUUGAAGGGUUGGCUGCCCCUUCAUGACUUCUAUGAGCUUCAGGGCUGGCCCUCGCCAGAUGAGCCUUCUCCAGAGGAGCUGCAUGAGAGUCGCACGGCGUUCAGAGACUACGAUGAACAAAUCCGUGCCCUCAACAAGCACGGCGUAGGCGUAAAAGGUGCUAUGGAGGAGCAGAAGGCCUUCCGCGAGGGCCGACAUGUACCUCGUUGUAUUGUUCUGAUGCACGGCAAGCCGCCCGUACUCGGGGAGUUACCUGCCCAUGGCCAGCUCUCCUUCCUUGUUGCUGAUGCGGUCGUAGCCCCGACUGUCUCCUCCUCAACUGCUGGACCUUCCGCAUCCACUAGCAUUGCCUUUGGUCUUCCGGAGGUGGAGGAGGUUAAGCCCUUGACCACUAAGGCAGGUUGUGGUGUAAAGCGCUCGGGCUCUAUGGAGGGUGAGCUCGAUGCUCCUCCUGCUCGUCGUUCACAUCGUGCUCUAUAUAACGCUCAGUCCAAAGCAUCGUCGUCUGGUGCGUCCGUUAAGAAGGAGGUCAAGGAGGAAGUCAAGGAAGAAGUCAAGUCCGAGCUGGAAGACAUCAAGCCCGCCUCAUCCUCUCACUCCAUGCCUGCCAGACGUGCCACUGCUACACCCUCUGCUGCUUCUGCCUCAUCCAAUUUUGUGGAAUUUGCCGGUGUCAUGGUCAACCAGGACAUGCUGUCUGAUGCCAUUGCCAACCUGUUUCGUAAGAAGUGA